CGAUAAGAAUCAUAAAGAAUCACUUCUCAAAUUUCAUUUCUUCCUAACCGUAGCUAAUUACAUGGCUUCUCGACCUCCCUUUGAGACACAUUUCUCAUCCAUUUUUGGAAGCUCCUUUCCGAGAUCAACUAGUGAUGAACCAACCGUCCAAAGCUCAGGUAUAAAGCUUCCGGUGAUCGAUCUUAGCCAUCUAACUAAUGGCGAGGAGGUCAAGCGCAGAAGAUGUGUGAAACAAAUGGUCGAGGCAGCAAAAGAGUGGGGAUUCUUUCAAGUUGUGAACCAUGGGAUUCCAAAAGAAGUCUUUGAGAUGAUGUUUCGUGAAGAAACGAAACUCUUUGACCGAUCCUUUAACGAGAAAGUCCGAGAAAAGUUUUCGGACUCAUCAAAGCAUUGUUACCGGUGGGGAAACCCUAACGCCACUUCCGCGGCUCAGUACUCCUUUUCUGAAGCGUUUCACAUCACUCUUGCUGAGAUCUUAAGUUUCUCUGAUGAUGGCAACAACUUCAGAACAACCGUUGCAAUGUAUGUGCAAGAGGUAGCUCGAGUGGCCCACGUGAUAUGCGGAAUACUGGGGAAACAAGUGAACGUGAACUCGAAGUAUUUCGAGAAUAUUUUUACACUACAAAACAGUUUUCUAAGGCUUAACAAGUAUCACCCUUGUGUUUUUGGUUCGCAAGUGUUUGGUUUGGUUCCUCAUACCGAUUCAAGUUUCAUCACCAUACUCUCUCAAGAUCAAAUCGGAGGACUACAAUUGAAGAAAAAUGGACAAUGGAUUGGCGUAAAACCUUGCUCAGAAGCUCUCACUGUGAACAUUGGUGAUAUGUUUCAGGCACUUAGUAAUGGAGUGUAUCAGAGCGUGAGACAUAGAGUGAUACCUCCAGUAAACGUGGAGAGGUUGUCGAUAGCAUUCUUUGUAUGCCCCUAUCAGGAAACCGAGAUCGAAUGCUUUGGGAAUCCAAAGAAGUAUAGAAGGUUCACUUUCAGAGAGUACAAAAAGCAGAGUGAACGUGAUGUUAAAGAAACUGGUGAUAAGGUAGGCCUGUCUAGGUUUCUCAUCUGAUGCAUAUCUCUUUGAUCUUUAAUAUUGAGAGGUUUAAAACUAAUGUUAUGCAUUUUGUUGUUGUUGCUAUUCCACAAAGUCAUGAGUUUAACAUCUCAAAUCACAAUGUCUAAUAACUAUGAAAUGUAAGAAAGAUAAUGUGUUAUAAAAUAUAUAUUCGUAUUUGUAUUAGACACA